AUGAUGGCGCGGAGACUGCUGUCGUCUCGAGCGCUGCAGCCGAGUUGCUCCGCAGCGGUGCAACUUGAGCUCUUCCGCCGCGGCCGACUGGGCAUCCGACGGCCAGCGCGUUCGGCAACCACGCGAGGCUUCGGGUCGUCGGCGGCCGAGGACGAGCCGAGAGAGACGAUGGAGUACGACGUGGCAAUGGUCGGGGCUGGACCAGCCGGACUAGCGGCGGCGAUCCGCCUGAAGCAGCUCUCCAAGAAGCGGGGUCUCGACCUCAGCGUGUGCGUCCUCGAAAAGGGGGAAGAGGUCGGCUCGCACAUCCUCUCAGGCAACGUCUUCGAGCCACGAGGUUUGGACGAGCUGAUCCCGGACUGGAAGGAGAAGGGGGCUCCGGUGGCGUCCCCCGUAACGGAAGACUCCUUCAGUCUGCUCACCGAGACGAAGGCUUUCAAGAUUCCUAACUUCUUGCUCCCCCCGCAGCUGAGCAAUCACGGGAACUACGUGGUGUCGCUCUCCCAGCUGGUGAGGUGGAUGGGGCAGCAGGCGGAGGAGGAGGGGGUCGAGGUCUAUCCGGGGUUCGCGGCUGCGGAGGUGCUCUACAACGACGAGGGCGGCGUGGUCGGCGUCGCCACGGGGGACGUCGGCAUCGCCAAGGACGGCAGCCGCAAGGGCACCUUCGAGCGAGGCAUUGAGAUACGGGCCAGGCAAACCCUCUUCGCGGAGGGAGCUCGGGGCUCUUGCUCGGAGGAAGUGAUAUCGAAGUUCGACCUUCGCCAAGGCAAGGACGAGCAGACCUACGGCCUCGGCCUGAAGGAGGUGUGGCGAGUUCCUAAGGACAAGUGCAAGCCUGGGCUCGUGCAACACACGCUGGGGUGGCCGCUCCAGGCCGGGCCGAUGUCGAAGACCUACGGCGGAUCUUUCCUGUACCACCAGGACCCGGAUCUUAUUCUGGUCGGUCUCGUCGUGGGGCUGGACUACGAGAACCCGCACCUAAAUCCGUACAAGGAGUUCCAGCGGUACAAGCACCACCCCCAGGUGGCCGCGCAGCUGGAGGGCGGCGAGUGCAUCGCCUACGGGGCGAGGACGCUCAACGAGGGAGGGUAUCACUCCCUGCCCAGGCUCACUUUCCCUGGGGGCGCGCUGCUGGGAUGCGCGGCGGGGUUCCUGAACGCGGUCAAGAUCAAGGGGGCGCACACGGCGAUCAAGUCUGGGAUGCUGGCUGCCGAGGCGGCUUUCGACCUGCUGCAGGAAAGCAAGGUAGGUCCCGUGUCAGAGAGCGGCGCCGUGGACCCGUCGGAAGGUGCGCUGGAGUCGGACUUCCAAAAGCGCAUGGACGAGUCGUGGGUCAUGGAGGAGCUGAAGGAGGUGCGGAACUGCCACGCGUCGUUUGCGAAGGGCAUGCUGCCGGGCCUCGCGUACACAGGCCUAGCGGCGCACGUGCUGAAGGGGAGAGAGCCGUGGUCUUUCCGUAACGGCAAGAAGGACACCGACACAACCCUUCCCGCGGACGAUCCGAGGUGCGCGCCGAUAGAGUACCCAAAGCCCGACGGGGUGUUGAGCUUUGACCUGCUGAGCAACCUGGCCCUUUCCGGGGUGAAGCACGAGCACGACCAGCCGGCGCACCUCCGGGUGAAGGCGGGGAUGGAAGAUGUCGCGUCAGAGGUAUCGCAUCCAAAGUACGGCGGCCCGGAGCAGAGGUUUUGCCCUGCUGCGGUGUACGAGUACAACGUGCCGGAGGGAGACGAAGGGGGAAAGCCGGAACUGGUGAUCAACGCUCAAAAUUGCAUCCACUGCAAGUGCUGCUCGAUCAAGAUGCCGCAGGAGUACAUCGACUGGACGGUGCCAGAGGGAGGCGGAGGCCCGGGAUACACCGUCAUGUAG